GAAUCUUGAACCAUGGCAAGUAUAUAGCUUUUCACUAUAAAUGCCACAGCUUCACACCAACACUCUCCAUUCUACUGCCAUCACGGAUUUAGAGGAGGAAGAAACAUGAAAGCGGAGCAAGAGGAAACCCGGAAGGGACCGUGGACGGAGCAGGAGGACGCGGUUCUGGUGAACUUCGUGCACUUGUUCGGGGACCGGCGAUGGGAUUUUAUAGCCAAAGUUUCAGGUUUGAACAGAACCGGGAAGAGUUGCAGGUUACGGUGGGUUAAUUACCUUCACCCUGGUCUUAAAAGGGAAAAGAUGUCUCUCCAAGAACAGCGCCUUGUCCUUGAACUUCAUGCCAAAUGGGGAAACAGGUGGUCAAGAAUUGCUCGGAAAUUACCAGGGCGUACUGACAACGAGAUCAAGAACUACUGGAGGACUCAUAUGAGAAAAAAAGCUCAAGAAAAGAAAAAGGCUAUGCCAAAGUCAUUGUCACCAUCAUCAUCAUCAUCAUCAUCAUCAUCAUCCAUCACUCUUUCUUCAUCAUCAUCUACUACCACUACCACCACUACUACUACCACCGUGGAUUCCUUGCCCUUCUCAGGCACUGGAAAGGUCAGUUUUUACGACACAGGAGGACCAAAAAUGGCUGCUUUGGGAGACAAAAGCAGUACAGAUUUCAAAGAUGAAAAGGGGUACUAUUCCAUGGAUGACAUAUGGAAGGAUAUUGACAUGUCUGAAGAAAACAUGAUAAAGCCUUUGUCUCAUAACUACAGUGAAGAAGGUUGCAACAUUUUCUGCCCUUCAAUGGCUUCUCCUUCAUUGGAUUAUUGCUGGGAUUCACUGUGGAAGAUGGAUGACGAAGACAGUAAGAUGUUCCUCCCAUUCAGUCAGUCCAUUUCUUGCUUUGAAUAUGGGACAUCUUUUUUUAACAAGAUAGGCUAGCAUUCAUUUAUUUAUUCAUAUAUACAUACAUAUACUUAUGUAUGUUUAUGUAACAUUACUAUUUCCUAGGGAAACUCUAACAUCUGGGUUUUUCAUAUCUCAUCAUGAUGCAUGUCACUGUAAUCAUAUUAUGUUGUUAUUGUGGUUGCCAAUGUAAUGAAUACUAUUGCGCAAUAAAUAUAAGUUCUGGAAAUAGUUGUAACUAUGAAAA